GCUAAAGCUCGAGCGUGGACAGAUAAUUUAAAACAGCUCUUUCUCUGCUGUUGGAAAAUACUUCUGAGAAGAGGCACAGCUGAAGUGUGAGCUUUCCUCAUUUAUUCCAUCAGUAUUGUCACUGUGAGGAUGUUUCGUCUUAACUCACUUUCUGCAUUGGCAGAACUGGCUGUGGGGUCCCGAUGGUAUCAUGGAGCAUCACAGCCCACCCAGACAAGGCGAAGACUAAUGAUGGUGGCUUUCCUGGGAGCAUCUGCAGUAACUGCAAGUACUGGUCUCUUGUGGAAAAGGGCCCAUGCAGAAUCUCCACCAUUUGUAAACAACUUAAAGAAUGAUGUUGGUGAUAAAGGAAAGAAUAAAGAUGAAGGGGAAGUUGGUAACCAUGAAAAAAAGUCUGCUGAUAAUUGUCUUGAGCCUUAUCCAGAAGAAAAGAAGAAACGGUCUGGAUUCAGAGAUAGAAAAGUGAUGGAAUAUGAAAAUAGGAUUCGAGCCUACUCCACACCAGACAAAAUCUUCCGAUAUUUUGCCACCUUGAAAGUAAUCAAUGAGCCUGGUGAAGCAGAAGUGUUCAUGACUCCACAAGAUUUUGUGCGAUCCAUAACACCCAAUGAAAAACAGCCAGAACACUUGGGCCUCGAUCAAUAUAUAAUAAAACGCUUUGAUGGAAAGGAUAAAUUUUCCAAAGAGAAAGAGAAAGCCCUACCCAGGGUCACCCAAAACAGUAAACUGUCGCUUUUAAAGAGGUGGAAGAAAGCACUUCAGAAAGGAGGAGGAACCAGUCGUGGCCUUACAAAUCCUAAAAGAAAAGAAAUGAGAAGGAAAAUCAUGGAGUGGAUGGCAAAGAAAAUUUCCCAGGAACGAGAAAAAUUUGCUGAUGAAGGCAGUAUAUUUUACACCCUUGGAGAAUGUGGACUCAUAUCCUUUUCAGAUUACAUUUUCCUUACAACUGUUCUUUCCACUCCUCAGAGAAAUUUUGAAAUUGCCUUCAAGAUGUUUGACUUGAAUGGAGAUGGAGAAGUAGACAUGGAGGAGUUUGAGCAGGUUCAGAGCAUCAUUCGCUCUCAAACCAGCAUGGGUAUGCGUCACAGAGAUCGUCCUACUACUGGUAACACUCUCAAGUCUGGCUUAUGUUCGGCACUCACAACCUAUUUUUUUGGAGCUGAUCUCAAGGGGAAACUGACCAUCAAAAACUUCCUUGAAUUUCAGCGUAAACUUCAGCAUGAUGUUUUGAAGCUAGAGUUUGAACGCCAUGAUCCUGUGGAUGGGAGAAUUACUGAGAGGCAAUUUGGUGGCAUGCUGUUGGCCUACAGUGGGGUGCAGUCCAAAAAGCUGACUGCCAUGCAGAAGCAGCUCAAGAAGCAUUUCAAAGAAGGAAAGGGUCUGACAUUUCAAGAGGUGGAGAACUUCUUUACUUUCCUAAAGAAUAUUAAUGAUGUGGACACUGCAUUGAGCUUUUACCAUAUGGCUGGAGCAUCUCUUGAUAAAGUGACCAUGCAACAGGUGGCCAGGACAGUGGCUAAAGUGGAACUCUCAGACCAUGUGUGCGAUGUGGUGUUUGCACUCUUUGACUGUGAUGGCAAUGGGGAGCUGAGCAAUAAGGAAUUUGUUUCCAUCAUGAAGCAGAGGCUGAUGAGAGGCCUGGAGAAGCCCAAGGACAUGGGCUUCACCCGUCUUAUGCAGGCCAUGUGGAAAUGUGCACAGGAAACUGCCUGGGACUUCGCUUUGCCCAAGUAGUAACCCAGAACUACAAGAGGGGCCACCUUCUGCACCCCAAGCACCCUGGGCCCCUGGAGCCAAGCCCCAACAUAGCCCUUCGUGCUGCUGCUUCUGGGAGUAGUGCUCCCUCCCUCCUGCAGGUGACCUCAGGAUGCGGCCAGCUUCCUCUCCUCGCCCUCCUCUGUCCCAGUAUUCUUCUAGGCUCUGAGUCUUUCCAGUGAUUAUUCCUGUCAGUUCUCAAAAACAUGAACAAGUCUUAAAAGCUCAGACCUCAUCUUCUUCAGCGGCACCCAUCCAAGCACCCUAUGGAUAAAGAAAGCAGGGAACCAUCCACACACCUGCCAACCCUGGGAAGCAUCCAGUUCUUGAUUUUUGCUGUGGGAUUAUAUUAGCAAGAACAUUUGUAGUUCUUCCUCCUGUUGGUGUUUUUAAGAUGCAGGUUAAGAAAAAUCUCUGGCAGGCAAAAGGAAGUCUGUAUGCAUGAUAAUGAAGAUGACCUCGGCAUCCUGAGCUGGCAGGUAGCCCAGGCCAAAGGAAGGAUCUGUGCCAGACAGAGUGGCUCUGAGACCUGUCCAGGAAGUCCAUGUGCUGAGUGGCAGCACAGCAGGAUUCUGAAUUUAAAGUAAUUGCUUCAUGACACUCUCCACUCCCUCCUUUUCCUCUCAGGAUCCCUAAGAUGCCUCCACCAUGACUCCUUGCUUCAUGAAUAGCAGGAUCAAGUUCCUGUUCCCUGUAAGCCAUCUCCCCUCCAGGAUGGGCCUCCAAAGCCAGGGCCUGCUCCAAAGCCUGUCUGCCCUC